GCAGGGUGGGUUAGAUGGUAGGGGCUGCUGAAGGGAGGUGCUUGGAAAGAGAGGCAGAGGGCGGAUAAACUGCAUUGUAUUCGCGAUAACACUUCCAGUCUCCAUUCUGAGGGAAAGGAUUCGUUCCUGAUCAGCCAUGGCUUUAUCAUCCUUAUCUAUGCUAGCCGGUGUUCUAUGUCUCAUCUCACUCACAGGAGGUUUGUAUGUAAGACUUUUCUACCCCAUAUUUAUGUUAUAUAUUUAAUAUUAGAUUAUUGGAGGGUGAGGGGUGUAGAUGAUAAAGAUGAGAAUAAAAUGAGCCACAAGGUGGGCACAUGGUCUAGGGCAGGGCGGGAUGGCUGAGUAUUAUGGGAGUUGCAGUUGUGAACCAUCUGUUGGUCUACCUUUCGACCAUCUCUGCUGGAGACAGACCAUAUGCAGGGCCAUGUGCUCAGGCUGCUACUAGCAAGCAUAGGAGAGAUGGCAUAUAAAGCUCACACACAUAUCAAGUCACCUAAGAACGCAUCUGGCUGUAAAUAUUUUCUGUUGAGAAUCCCCCGUGUUCUAUAGUGCUUAUGUGGACACUUUGUAGAAAUUACAGAUACUGAUAAAAACAUUGGGCAUGGAGGCUGAAAAACAACAGAAACUGGACCCUUAUUCACAUAGUAAGAAACGGACAGUGAUAUUCAGUGACUGGAGGGGUUAAUUCGCCAAACCAGGAAUUGUAGAGAUUUGACGAAAGAUCUGUAAAUUUCAUGCCAAAUGAACUGAGCUGGACAGAUGGUUGAAUCGAAGAAAUGUUCCAGUUUAUCCUAGUAUGGCCUAAACUUGUAAUUCUUGUUUUCAAUUCUCCACAAUUAAGCCUUUGUAGUCUGUAAGAGUAUAUUAAAUGCAGUGGACUGUCCCAUGUUGUAUGAAUGUAUAACUGGCCAUGUGCCUGCAGAUAGUGUAUUCUACAUCUGUAACAAUCUUGCUGUUGCUGAAGAGAACAAAGGUUUCUUUGCUUGUAAUGAUGAACUCAUUCUGCUUUUCCUGGUAAGAAAUUCCCAAACAGUGCUGGGAAGCAAGGCAGGGGAGGUAUCCAGAUGUCUGUUUGAUUCAGAUUAUUAAAGGGAUACUAAAGGCAUCAAAACAACUUGUAAUAAAGCAGUUUUAGACCGUAAGCUUGUUUGAGCAGGGUCCUCUUCAACCUAUCGUUCCUGUAAGUUUUCUUGUAAUUGUCUGAUUUCUAGUUAAAUCCCCCCUCUCAUAAUAUUGUAAAGCGCUACAAAAUCUGUUGGCGCUAUAUAGAAACAUAGAAUGUUACGGCAGAUAAGAACCAUUUGGCCCAUGUAGUCUGCCCAAUUUUCUAAAUACUUUCAUUAGUCCCUAGUCUUAUCUUAUAGUUAGGAUAGCCUUAUGCCUAUCCCACGCAUGCUUAAACUUCUUUACUGUAUUAACCUCUAACACUUCAGAUGGAAGGCUAUUCCAUGCAUCCAAUACCCUCUCAGUAAAGUAAUACCUGAUAUUAUUUUUAAACCUUUGCCCCUCUAAUUUAAGACUAUGUCCUCUUGUUGUGGUAGUUUUUCUUCUUUUAAAUAUUGUCUCCUCCUUUAUUUAUUUAAAUGUUUCUAUCAUAUCCCCCGUCUCAUCUUUCCUCCAAGCUAUACAUGUUAAGUUCCUUUAACCUUUCCUUGUAAGUUUUAUCCUGCAAUGCAUGAACCAGUUUAGUAGCCCUUCUCUGAACCCUCUCUAAGGUAUCAAUAUCCUUCUGAAGAUACGGUCUCCAGUACUGUGUACAAUACUCCAAGUGAGGUCUCACCAGUGUUCUGUACAAUGGCAUGAGCACUUCCCUCUUUCUACUGCUAAUACCUCUCCCUAUACAACCAAACAUUCUGCUAGUAUUUCCUGCUGCUCUAUUACAUUGUCUGCCUACCUUUAAGUCAUCAGAAAUAAUCACCCAUAAAUCCCUUUCCUCAGAUGUUGAGGUUAGGACUUGAUUAAAUAUUCUUUACUCUGCCCUUGGGUUUUUACGUCCAAGAUGCAUUAUCUUGCACUUAUCCACAUUAAAUGUCAGUUGCCACAAUUCUGACCAUUUUUCUAGUUUAACUAAAUCAUUUGUCAUUUGGCUUAUCCCUCCUGGAACAUCAACCCUGUUACAUAUCUUAGUAUCAUCAGCAAAAAGACAUACCUUACCAUCAAGACCUUCUGCAAUAUCACUAAUAAAAAUAUUAAAGAGAAUAAAUGGCAAUAAUAAUAACAGUGUAUAUAUAUCACGCUCCCGCAAUCUCACUGCUCCAUGGUAUGACAUUUCGGAGUUAACUCCUUAAGGAAAGAGGCAAUAGUACACAUUCUGAUCAAAACAAAUUGUAAAUGUAAACAAAAUCUAGAAUUUGCACUAUAUGUCUGUCCAACCAUAAUGUAUCUCUCUUAUUAAGUGCACCCACACUUAUUAUAUAUAAUUUUGUUCAGGGGAAACAAGGCUUUCAUGUCAUAUCAAACAUUUAGAUAUGAAACAUAAUUUAAUAGGUUGUUUUUUUACUGCUCUAAAACACUCAAAUUUGUGUUCAGUAAUGUAUCACGAGUACAACAGUCCCCCCUCCCACCAUGUACAGGUUUUAUGAGGUAAGUGUAAAUCUUUUUUUUUUACUCUCAUCCUUCUGCACUGUUUGCUUGUUGUUGUUUUUUCUCUCUCCCCCUUACUCUGUGAUUCUUACACAAGAUAUGAGAAUGAGAAUGGUGUCUAUUGUCUAUCAGACCUGUGCCUUAUCUGCACUCAUGUUGCUUUAACCCCUGUAUGACAACUCAACUUUGAAUUCUGGGUAUCGUUUUUCUCAGAAAUGCUUUACUCUUGAGAAAGGGAGGUUCUUCCAAAGUGUAUAUUGAUAUUAAUAUAUGUAUCAAAUAUAUCAAAAUACAUAUAUAAUAUUAAAAUCCACUAAGAAUGAAAUUAUGUAUAACUGUAUCUAAUUUCAUUGUUCAGAUUUUAUCAAAAAAUAUGUUGAACAUAUAUAUAAUUAUUUUUUUUUGCUUUGAUGCGCUGUUUUGGGGACUGUCUGACAACCCAGGCAGCUCUGAAACUUGCUAUUGCGGUCAUGUAAUUGUGACGUUAUUACGAUCACAUGGCCCAGGAGGGACGACUUUCGUUGUCAGGCAGUCCUCCCCCAUAGUGUAUCGCCAGGGCAUGUAAGAACCCAGAAGCUCAGGGACUGCACACAGUUGCGGUGCUCUAUGCCGCUGUAGCUGCAUUUAAGCCCACUUAAUGUGGGACAGUAUAAAACAUCGUAGUGGUGUUAACAGGUUAAAUCAAUUUUGUUUUUGUUGGUGCAGCCCUAGCCACACCUCUCCUGGCUGUGACUCACAUAGCCUAAAUUCUUUUUUUAAAUGGUUUCAUUUUCAAUCAGAUUACUUGUUUUUGAAGUUUUUAUCUCCUGCUCUGUAAAUUGAAGUUUAAUCACAGACAGGAAGUUGCUGCAGAGUCUAGAGGGCUAUAAACAAAUCAAGAGAUAAGAAGAGCAAGAAAUAAGAAAUUCUAAAUUAAAAAGAAUAUGCAGUAAAGGAAGUUUAAACAUUAGAUCUCUCUCUACAGGAAGUGUUUAGAGUCGCAUUGUAAGAAACAUAUAGGGAGAUGUGGCAGGGGCUGCAUAAACAACGCGAUUUAACUCCCCAAUGGCAGAUAAUUGAGCAGUGACACUGCACCAAAACUACUUCAUUAAGCUAAAUUUGUUUUGGUGCCGGUAGUGUCCCUUCAAUUAUUUUUAUUGGGGAAUAGUUGAUAUUCUUGAUUCUCUAGUCCAGGGAUAGGCAACCUUCGGCACUCCAGAUGUUUUAGAUUACAUCCAUAAUGCUCUGACACCCAUAGUGCUGGCAAAGCAUCAUGGGAGGUGUAGUUUAAAACAUUAGGAGUGCCAAAAGUUGCCUAUGCCUGCUCUAGUCUAUAAAAUUAAUUUAGAAUAUUGUCCGUAAAAUGUUUCUACCCCCACUUAAGCAAUGUGCCAUCUAAAUGUAAAAAAAAAAGCUUAGCAUGCUGUAGUAGUUAUGGUGCCAGGAGUCCCAUAAUACCGUCCAACAGUAAUCUGUCUCUUUCUGUGUCGGGCAUCUUCAGCCUUUCUGGCCUGAUUUUAUUAUUAAAAAAACAGAAUUUCAUACUCCUGAAACAUCAUACCAGGGUAGACUUAUUCUUUAUUGGCUGAAAGCCAAUACAAUGAUAACAUGUGUGUUGCAAACACAUUCAGGGAAAAUAAUAGUCAAAAUUCUCACAAUUAUGCAAAUAUACAUUUAGAAACACAUUUUGGAGUUUGUUUUAAAUUGCAAAUUUGGUUAGACCAAAAGAUCAUUAUAUAAUGCCAGAAUAGCAGUCCUGUUUGAUCAGUCAAUUAAUUUUUUCCCCUCCCGUACUUAAUCACAUUUUCCUUUCACACCCUUCUUCUGGGGGGGGGGGAUGUAAUUAGAGCUUCUUCUCUCACUGGGCCCUGGUGGAAGAAUAACAGAAGGGCCCCCUGCAUCGCUCCUCCCUAUAAUGUGAGCAUGCAUUGCGUGCUCAUAUGAGCAACAAAGGGUUGAGCACUGGGGCUAAAGUCAACAGCUAUUCUGUACUAACUCUCUGCAGCCAAAUAGUGCUAUGUCCUAUAAGCAGUUAAAAGGGAACAUUUGACUUGAAUGUACAUGCAAAAGUUAGAAUUUUCGAUUGUUUGAAAUAUUUUUGUGUGAUUUCCCCAGCUGGAGGAACUUAAUUUUUUGUGUGUUGUUUGUUCUCUACCAUUUCAUCUCAUUGAAAGUGGUCUGGGUACAGUGGCCCUGUCCUCCUAACCCUGAAGUGUAAAACAUUGCAGUUUUUGAGAAAUGGCAAUUUGUACACUACAAGAUUAAGUCAACCUGUAGUGGCUUUCCGUAUGACAGCUGCUAGAGGAACAUCCGUAGCACUGCCUGAGUAAAACUUGGACGCGUGGUGCGGAAGCCCCAUAGGAACACUUUCCGAUGGGAUGAAUGCUUUCCUAUGGGGAUUUUUUUAAGGAAAAUGUAAUUUAUCCAAAAUAGCUCUGGAUAGAACCAAACCACUGACAUGGCACACUAACAGAUGGCACGCAGUUGUGUUGAGCUAGAUUAUAGAAUUAGUAAAGUUCUCUGCAUCAAGUAUUGAGAGGCAUGCUCCAUGGAGUGAUACAAACAUGUAACAUUUACUCAUUAAACAGUGAUUUGUAGUAAAUUGAUAACUGAAAUUCCAAAAUUUAGAUGGAGGUAAGGGCUUGCACACCAUAUAAAUAAUUUGGAAGGCUAAUGAGGAAGUAUGAAAUCACUGCACAAUCUAAUGUGCCUAAAUCAUUCGCACUGCCCCACGAGGAGGUGUAAAGAAACUAUGAAUGUUAGUUUAUAUACUGUUGUAAUAAUAAUAACAUUGUUUUUCUGAAUUCACUAUUUUCUCCUUGUCUCUGACUUAGUGUUGGCGGACGACUGUGCACCCUACGUUGGUUCUGAUCUACGUAUACAUGGGAAACAGGAAUGUAUUCUAUCGUUCUGUGCGGGAAGUUGCUGGGAGAGAUACUGCGGUUUGCUCCCUGGAACAAUGUUGGAUCAGUCACAAUUCUCGUGUCUGCUAAACAAGUAAGUAGCAACAAAGGAACAACAGUAAGGAGUAGCGUCUGCCAAGACAAAAAUGUGUUUGAGAAAAUUGAUAGGAAACAAUAUGGUCAAAAUGAUCCCCCAUUUUUUAAAAUUGUAUUAUGAAAAUAAUGCAAAAAAUAAAUAUAAUAACAAAUACUUGCCAUUAAAGCUCCCUAUAGAUGCACUGUUUAGGGUGUUUGCCUGCAGCUAACUAGAAAAUACUUCCAAGCAGGAGGGUCUCUUUUUGGUCUAUUGGGUCUUAUUCUACAAACACCUGUACAACAAAGGGGUUUAUGGGAUAAAUAGUCACCCAGGAGCAACUCUGCUUAUAACAUAGGAUGAGCAGAACGACCCUAAAUUGAUAGCAGUCAUACCUUAGCUGAUAUCGGUUUAAUCAUAACAUGGCUCACUCUCUGAUGAAGAGAGAAUUCAAUGUAUGUUGUUCAGGUGCAGAUAGGUUGUUUUAACAUCAUGUGGUUCUGUUGGGGGGGAUAUUUUUCUCUCUUAUAUGAGAACAUUACAGGCUUCCCUUACAUGCCCAAAAGGUAGAUCCCUUCAGAUGUUUUAAAACAACAGCUCCCAUGAUGCUUUGUCAUUCUAAAGGCAUGCAAAGCAUCAUGGAAGUUUUAGUUCUACAACAUGUUGCGAUCUACCUUGUGGGCACAGUUGCCUUACAUAGUGUGAGGGAAGCAGCACUGUGUGAUGUACUACCACUCCCAGAGCUUAGAAAGCCACCAAGGAGAGCAAGAGAACAACCACCAACCACCCUAUCUUAAGUAAACCGCACCAAAGACAUGCAAACAAGAUGGUGGCCUAAAAAGAGAAAGCAGUGUACCCAACCACAUGAUCCACCUUGCAAAUGAAUAUAUAUAUCUUCUUUAGCUAAGCAUACAGCUCGGUUCUAACAUCUUAUGUAAACUGAAAAUUCCUGAUAGCACACUUCUGGAUGGAUCAAUGUAUUGAUUACAUUUUUUAAUAUAUUUCUAACACCAUUAGCGGUAGUAUUUUGUUACAUUUCGUGUUAAUUACAUUUUGUGUUAAUUACAAGCAUUGCAUUACAGUAAUGAAGCUUCUGUAGUUUGGGGAUGUAGGCAACUGCGUCAUAAUUCCAUGAGUCCUGUCUAACUCCUUCUGUGUAAGUGCCAGUCUUGUUCCUUAACAGGUUAACUUACCCGUCAAGGUUAUUCACUAACAUAAGAAUUGUUGGGAGUUUAAAGAGAAUUUCAAAUUUAAGGUCAAAGUAGCAAAAUUCUCCAAGUCAGCUAUGCUUCCUGAUUGGCUUCUUUGGCCUUAAUUUCUGACAAUUCUCACUUAAGAGAGUCAGUGAUUUCCUGUAGAACCUUCCACCCUUUAACCACUAUCGUGUUUCUUCAACAGUCUUUACGUGGUGAUUGGAGUGGGCCUUCUAAUAGGUCUGAGUUUGGUGGCUUCUCUGAUCACCUGCAUCUGUAAAUGCUGUUUAUGUUGCCAUUUGUCUUCCCGUCCAAGCCGUUGUAAGUAUUUCAGUAUUUCUUCAACUCUAAAAUAAUGUCAAAUAAAUACAUAAAUUCCAAAGAACAUUUGAUGUCAGUCUGUGUACUAAUCACAUAAGAGGAAAGGGGUUAAGGCCAAGGGGUCCAGAUAAUGUAAGGAUACAGUCCAUAGAUGUAGGUAAAGUCACCAAAGUACACACAUGCUAUAUGUGCAAUGGAAAAUUCUAAAUUGGUGGUGGGGCGGUGACACAAACUCAGUCAAAUUAAGUGCGAGGAGGACGCGUUAUAACAAGGAACCAAUAAAUAUAUCAAAUUAGCACAAUAUUAUAUUCCAAGUUGCCUAUACUUGAAAGAACACCCCAAGCACAGGGAGCGGUAGUUGUUAUGGUUCUAGGAGUGCCGUGCAAUGCCCCCUCCCAUUGUAAGAGGUUAAAUUGUUUUCAAAUUACUUCUUACCUAGGUGCAUCGUUCCCUACAAUCAUCUCUGGAGAACCAGAGUUUCCUAAGCAGAAACUUGUGUUAACUCUUCUUACCUAGGACUUAAAUUGCUUAUUUAAUUGGCUUAGAGUGUCAGCUGAUUGCUUUUAGCCAAUGAGAUAAGCCCUUCAUUGCAGGGCCUAGUUCAGUAGAGCUAAUGGAACUUCCAGAGAUGGUAUUAGUGGCGAGGACGCUAAGGAGCAGUGCCCAGCUGACUCCACAUUAUAUUAGGGGGACACAAUAACCACUAUAUUGACCUUUAGUUAGUUAUGGAGCCUGUAGUGUUUCUUUAACACUUCCAUGUUAUCAUUGUUAACCCCUUAAAGGACCACUAUAGUGCCAGGAAAACAUACUCGUUUUCCUGGCACUAUAGUGCCCUGAGGGUGCCCCUCCCGCCGGGCUCUGGGGAGAGGAAGGGGUUAAACAUUCACCUUUCUCCAGCGCCGGGCGCUGCGCGCAUUCAGCCAGUCUCAUAGGAAAGCAUUCAUAAUGCUUUCCUAUGGACGCUUGCGUCUUCUCGAUGUGAAUUUCACAGUGAGAAGCACGCAAAUGCCUCUAGCGGCUGUCAAUGAGACAGCCACUAGAGGCUUUAGAGGCUGGAUUAACCCAUUUAUAAACAUAGAAGUUUCUCUGAAAAAAAAUGGGUUAACCCUAUUACCCCAUUAAGCUGAAGUGGUCUGGGUGCCUAGAGUGGUCCUUUAAGGACAGAGCUUCGGAAGCUUGUCUUUCAUUUAAUGACAAAAAUUUUUGCUGUUUGCGUUCAACUGCAAUUUGCAUUUUACAAAUUUAUUGCACCGACACAUAUUAUAUACUGUUUUUUAAAGGAUAGAAAGGGCUUUAAUUUGAUGUAAGACAUAUAUAUAUAAAUGCUUAUUUAUUAUAAAAAAAUACAGAAAAAUGCAAAAAAAAAGAAAAGAAAUUAUUUGUGUUUUUUUACAGUUUUUGCAAUAAUAAUGUGUGCAUAAUUAUUGCAGGUUAAGGAAAGUAAUUAAAAAUAAAUUCAUUUAGUUGUUCUGAUUUACAGAAUAUAUAAUGUGUCUGGGAUUUUAAGGUUUUUUUGGUAGUUACAGGUCACAAAGCACAAGGAGUAAAAUAAACUUUUAAUGUGGAGCGAUUUUAGAAUUUGGUAUGUUUGUCUUGUAAGCUUAAUAGCCAUAAAAGAAAACAAAAUUGCCACACAAAAGUAUAUAUUUAUAUAAAGUAGACAUCACAGGCUAUUUACCUGAGGUUGUUUUGACACUUUCUACGUAGCCAUUUAACCACCAACCUCUGCUAAAUAUUGCAGUAAAAUUAUGUUUGUUUUUUUUUUUUUUUGGCACACAAACUUAUAACAAAGAAAUUGUCAUGUAUUUUGUAAAGUUGGUGUGUGCUAUUCCUGUACAAAGUUUUAUUUUGUAUUCAGUUACAUCUGCUGAGUAAAAUGACACCCCCAUUGUAUGUCUUUGGCACUAUUUCGUGAAGUUACAGUGCCAUAUAGGAGACCUGUCCUUUUCAGUAUUCACAGUAGAAUUUUGAGAGACGGAUUUAAUGAGCCUAUGCUUCCAUUUGGGGUAUUAUAACAGUAUGACUGUUCAAAAAAAAAAAAACCCACAAAGGCCUACCAUUUGUAAAAGUAGACACUCCAGGGUAUCUCAUAAGGUGCCUUAACAUGCCCCCAUUUUUUCACCAAUAUAUGCCAAAGUAUGUGGUAAAAAAUAAUUUUGUGCGUUUUUUACACAUGGAUUGCUGGGCAUUUUGUAUAUUUCACAUGUACCACUAAGUUCAAACCCUCCAAAUUAUGCUCAGCUAAGUCUUCUGAGUAAAAAGACACCCCUAAUGAAUGUCUUUGGCACUAUUUUGUGAAGCUAUAGUGCCAUAUAGGAGACCAAGCCAUAUCAGUUUUUACCGAACUUUGAAUUUUGACCCUGGGCCUACAUGCAAUUACCAAGCAUCUUAGCAGGGUUUAAAUUCAAACUACCCCACAAAGGCCUACCAAUAAUUAAAGUAGACACCCCAGGGUAUUUCAAAAGGUAUAUUUUGAACCUUAGCGUGGGAUCAUUUUUCCACUAGCUUGUACCAAAUUUAGUGGUAAUAAGCGUUUUUUCUGCCUUUUUGACACACAACGUGAGUUUGCACAGUAUAUUUUGCAAACCUUAUGUGUGCUACCACUGUAUAAUACUUCAUAUGUUGCUCAGCUAUGUCGGCUGAGUACAGCAAUACCCCCGUAUGUACCUUUGCCAGGUAUAUGUGGACAUCGGAGGGGCACAGCCAUUCUUGAUUUUUUCAAUCUUUACAUUUUUACGCUGUGCCCAUGUCCCAUUUUAGAGUAUUUUACCAGGCUAUAUAAUCCAAAUACCCCAUAAAGCCAUACCAUUUCUUAAAGAAGACAUCCCAGGGUAUUUCAAAAGUCAUAUUUUGAACCUUAGCGUGGGAUCAUUUUUCUGCUAGCUUGUACCAAGUGUAGUGGUAAUGAGCAUUUUUAAAUGUAUUUUUUUACUUUUGAAAACUUUUUUUACUUUAAAAAAAUAGUUUUUAAAACUUUUGUUUUGCUUAUUAUUUUUUUUUAAACUUUCUUAACUUUUUUUUACAGAUUUAAAAUUUUUCUAAGCUUUUUUUAUUUUUACCGUUAACCACUAACUAGCAGCAAGCAGCACUAACAGUAAAUUCCACAUUUUCCCUUAACUCCCACCCACCCCAGCUAGCAAAAUUUAUAAUUAUAAAAUAUUUAAAUUAAUAAAUAAAAGUUAAUCCUCAGGGGUUAAAAAAAAUUAGAUCACACUAUAAUACUGUGAUCUGUAUUUUGAUCACUGUAGGCAGUGAUCGACUGGCAGGGAAGGGGUUAAUUUUUAUUUGGACUGGGUAAAGGGGGGUGUUUUUUAUUAUUUUUUACUUAAACGUUAUUAAAACUUUUUUUAGCUUAAUUUUUAACGUUUAUUUUAAAACUUUUUUUAACGUUAACCCCUAGUUAGCCUAACACCAAAUCUUACAAUUCCCCACUAACUUCCACCCACCCCAACUAGCUAAAUAUAUAAUUGUAAAAUAUUUAAAUUAAUUAAUCAAAUAAAUUGAAACCCUGAGGGUUAAAAAAAAAAAAAAAGAAUCAGUUGACAGUAAAAUGUAAUCCCUGCCCACUGAUCACUGUAGUCAGUGAUCAAUUGGCAGGGAAGGGGUUAAUUUUUUAUUAAAAUGGGUAAAGGGGGGUGGGAUUUUAAAUUAACUUUAUUUUAUUUUUUACACAGGGGGCAGGAUCAUCCCUGUUACGGGGAGGCGGAAGGUAAGUAUACUGAGCACAUGUGCUCGCUCUGACAGGCUGUCAGAGCAAGCACAUGUGCUGGGGCAGCGAGAUAGGGUGCUCCCGGUCUGCCUCUAAUACAGAGGCAGACCGGAGCACCAUUAACCCCACGAUCGCGGUGAUCUGGGUUAAUUUUAACACGUGACGGACAAGGUCCGUCACUCGUUGUUAUGGCAAUGCCCUAAGUGACGGACCUCCUCCGUCACUCGUCAUUAAGGGGUUAAUGUCAUUCAAUGUUGACACUGUAUUGUUGCUUCGGAAAAAGGGGUGUUAUAAUGGCAAUGUCAUUUCAAGGAUAUAAUUUUUCAAUGUAGGGCAAUAGCUUCUUGAUCCAAGGAUUAACCCCUUAAGGACGGAGCCAAAUGUACACGUUGUGAACGAAACAAAAUGUAAACAAAACCUGGCAUUUGCGCUACAUGUCUGUCCAACCGUAAUACACCUCUUUCAUAGUAAAUGCACCCACCCUUAUUAUAUAUCAUUUUAUUCAGGGGAAAUAGGGCUUUCAUUUAAUAUCAAAUAUUUAGCUAUGAAACAUAAUUUAAUAUGAAAAAAUGGGAGAAAAUAAGAUUUUUUUUAUUUUUUUAGUUCUACAUGACAUUUUAACGGUCAGUGUCAUAAUACUGUUUGCUUUUACUGCAAUAAAAUACACAUAUUUGUAUUCAGCAAAGUCUCACGUGUAAAACAGUACCCCCUAUGUACAGGUUUUAUGGCGUUUUGGGAAGUUACAGGGUCAAAUAUAGCACGUUACAUUUGAAAUUGAAAUUCGCCAGAUUGGUUACGUUGCCUUUGAGACUGUAUAGUAGCCCAGGAAUGAAAUUUACACCCAUAAUGGCAUACCAUUUGCAAUAGUAGACAACCCAAGGUAUUGCAAAUGGGGUAUGUCCAGUCUUUUUUAGUAGCCAUUUGGUCACAAACACUGGCCAAAGUUAGCGUUAGUAUCUGUUUGUGUGAAAAAUGCAAAAAAACGCCAAUUUUGGCCAGUGUUUGUGACUAAGUGGCUACUAAAAAAGACUGGACAUACCCUGUUUGCAAUACCUUGGGUUGUCUACUAUUGCAAAUGGUAUGCCAUCAUAGGGGUAAUUUUCAUUCUUGGGCUACCAUAGGGUCACGAAGGCAACGUAACCAAUCUGGCGAGUUUUAAUGUGAAAAAAAUGAAACACAAGCCUUAUAUUUGACGCUGUAACUUUUGAAAACACCAUAAAACCUGUACAUGAGGGGUACUGUUGUACUCGGGAGACUUCGCUGAACACAAAUAUUUGUGUUUCAAAACAGUAAAAAGUAUUGCAGCAAUAAUAUCAUCCGUGUAAGUGCUGUUUGUGCGUGAAAAAUGCAAAAAACUUCACUUUUACUGGCGAUAUCAUUGUUGUAAUACAUUUUACUGUUUUGAAACACUAAUAUUUGUGUUCAGCGAAGUCUCCCGAGUAAAACAGUACCCCCAAUUUACAGGUUUUAUGGUGUCUUGGAAAGUUAUAGGGUUAAAUAUAGUGCUAGCAAAUUAAAUUCCCUAUACUUUCGGCAUGGGUUGUCAGGCAGGUCCCGCUAAUUGUAAUUAAUUAGGAUACCUAAUUAUGUAAAAAUAUUACAUAAAUAUAUGUGUAGAAUUAAUAUAUGUAUAUAUAUACAUAUGUGUAUAUAUACAUAUAUAUAUAUAUAAUUUUUUAAAAUAUUUUUAUUUAUAUAUAGGUGUAUAUAUUUAGUGAUAUAUGUAUAUAUUUAUGUAUAUAGAUAUAUAUAUUAUUUCGUUCUACGUGUAUUUUGAUAUAAAUAUAUAUAUAUAUUAAUAUCACAAUACAGUUAGAACGAAAUAACAAACAUCUAUAUAUUUUUUUAUUAUUUAUUUUUAAUUAUUUUUUUAAUUUUAUUUUUUUUACGUAUUUACAUUUUUUUAUCUUAUAUAUAAAUAUAUAUAUAUAACAAUAAUUAUAUAUAUAUAUAUUUAAUCAAUAUUAGUCUACGUGUAAUUUGAUAGUAAUAUAUAUAUAAAUAAUUAUAUAUAUUAAUAUUUAAAUACACUUCGUGUAUGUGUAAAUGUGUGUGUGUGUGUGUAUAUAUAUAUAUAUAUAUAUAUAUAUAUAUACUUAGAUCAUAUAUAUAUAAUAUAUAUGAUCUAAGUAUAUUUUAUAUGUAACUGUAAUUUUUUUUUAACUAAUAUUUUAUUUUUUUUACAGGAGAGGGGGCAGAGACAGUGUCAGCCAGUGAUUUUACAUCACUGGCUGACACACAGGAUCAGUGAUCACAGUGACUGCCUGUCACUGUGAUCACCUCCUGCAGAUUGGGUAAUUGGCCACAGGGGGGAGUGCCUGGGUGGUACAAGCACUCCCCCCUUCCAAUCUGCAGGGGGAUCUUUGUGCCAGUUACAUGUGUCAGCCAAUAGGCUGACACAUGUAACACUGAUCGCAGUGACAGGCUGUCACUGCGAUCAGAGCGCUCUGAGAUCGCAGUGACAGCCUGUCACUGCGAUCUCAGAAGUGCAGAUCGCGGUCACUGACCCCAGGGGGACUGCCUGGGGGGCCAGGUAAGUCCCCCGACCGCGAUCUGCACGGGGUAGCCGCUGGCCACGUGUGUCAGCCGAUUUGAAAUCGGCUGACACACGUUAAAAACUGAUCGCAGUGACAGCCUGUCACUGCGAUCAGUGACUGCAGAUCGCGGUCACCGGCCACAGGGGGGGUUGCCUGGGGGGCCGGGCAUCCCCCCCGACCGCGAUCUGCAGCGGGCGACUAGCGCCGGCCACGUGGGCGGCCAUUAAAGUGAGGGCGUACUAUUACGCCCGCCGGCGUUUAGAGCCGGCUCCUGCAGGGCGUAAUAGUACGCCCUCCGUCCUUAAGGGGUUAAUCUGACUGCCAUUCUGGGGUCAAGAAGGAAUUUUUUCCCUAGUUUGUUGCAAAAUUGUAAGUGCUUCAAACUGGUUUGUUUUGCCCUCUUUUGGAUCAACAGCAAAAAACAUAAGUGAAGAAAGCUGAACUUGAUGGACGCAAGUCUCUUUUCAGCUAUGUAAGUAUGUAAUGUACUAUAAAAUGGAGGGCGGUAGUUCUCACCCCCAUCUACUGUCUGUUCAGGUAUGUACUAUCCGUUAUAAGAUGUAAUAGCGACACAAACUCAGCUGCAGUUUCGCAGAUAGUGACGACAGACCAGCCAGAAAUAACAGUAGACCAUCUGACAGAGCUGCAUCUUGGACACUGACGUGGUGGUGAUCACUGGGUUACUGGACGUAAAAAUCUGGUUCGUUAACAAUGCUAACUCAGGAUCAGGGUGUGUAAUUGCUGCCACUACGGACAUAGUGAAAAUACUUUGCUGUUGAUGAUAUAUAACUAUUUUAUAUAUUCUAUUCAGAGUCACAAGAUGGAGCUUGUCAAAUAUUGUUGUGCUUGUUAAAUUUGACUAUUUUUUUCUUAUCUGUUGUGGUGUCUGUCUUUUUAAAAAACUUGUUCAGCAAAAAAAAAACAAAAAAAACGUGUUUUUGAGAAAAUACUUUGUUUCAUAUUUUCUUAAGUGCAGUAGAAACACCAUAACCAUAACAGUCCAUUAUAGUGGCCGUCUUGCUAGUAGCUAUGGUUGCUGUUCUAUAGUUCUGUAAUUUAUAAAACUCGUGGGAUCACAAGACACCAGUGGCCCAGCCACCUGCUUAACAUAUUGCUAAUGUGGAAUUUACACCUCUGUAUUCGCAAUGUCAUGUCUGUCCCAUAACUGGCUGAGUGCGGCAAAAUCAGUUUAACACAGAACCCAUAACCUUACUAACACCAUAACCACUACAAUAGGCUGCACUGGUGGUACAUGGAUAACCCCUUUAAGUAUAGGGUAGCAUUAUGUAAUUCCAGAUUACAGUUGUGCAUAUUUUUAUAUUUCAUUAUUGGAUGAAUGAGACCAGGUACUGUACAUUAAAUAAAUGUUUUUUUUUUUUUUAUUUGAGUACACGGACGCUUUUAUAUUAAAUGUAUAUUAAACACCCAUUCCACAUAGAUAUUAUGAGUAAAAGCCAAAACUAUGUUGAAUUGGUUCUACCUCAACUCUUUUUAGAAAGAAUAUGAUGAGAAAAAAAAAUAUUCAGUGUUGACAUAUCUGUGUUGAAAAUACAGAAGAUCUUAAUAUGUACUUUAUUUUAGAAAAACCCUACCCAACCAUUAUGUCAAAUUAUAUAUCACUCUGUAGCAAUUUCCAGCUAUUUCAUGGUUAAUAUAUUGCCAUGUGAUGUAUAAGAGAACAUAGUAAUUGUUAAAUAAAUAAUUAAAUGAGCACUAUAGGGUCAGGAACACAAACAUAUAUUUCUGAUCCUAUAGUGUUAAUACUACCAUCUAGCCCCCCUUCGCCCCCUCUUGCCUCCAUAAAUACAGUAAAAUCUUACUUGUAUUCAAGUCUGCAGCUGCAAGCUCUGGCCCUGUUGACUGUGAACUGCCUCAGUCUGCUGGCAUCAUCAGAAGUGGUGGUCUAGGCCAAUCACAGGAAUAGCUCCAAAGGUUUAAAAUUGUUACAUUUAUCUUUUAUGUAUGAUUGGUACACUUCAUGACAAAAGUAAAAACAUAAACUGAUUAAUUCAGUAGAAUGUGUAUCUGGCCAUUAUUAAGUUUCUGGUUUUUGUUUGUUCCGUUAUUAGCAAUUUGACUUAAUUUUAAAAUGUACAUUUCUCUUAAUGCAUUUUAUUUGCACGUGUAUUUGUUUUUGUAAGUCUUUCGUUGCUUUAUAGUUUUAAAAAGAAAAAUAUAUGGAAGGACAAAACAUUUUUAUUUAUUUUUUUCUAUAUUCCAAGUACACCUGCUUCUAUAAGAUACACACCACAAUCAUUAAUUAUUUGGAAAUCCUUUACUGAAAGGAAUUUUGCAAAGCACAAUGGUAUGCAAGAGAAAAUAUGGAACUUCAAAUGUGUAUAUUACACAUAUACACAAUAACAUCCCAGCAUUCUCAUUCCCAAUGGAAACUCUGAUCAGUUCUAACUUAAAUGACUACUUACUGUUUUGGUUCUAUAAGUCGUUGUUCUUUUAAAACAUGUCAUGCUUGUUUUUUUUUUUUUAUAACCGGGUAAAUAGACGUUAUGUGAACACUCUGGAUAACAUAACAGCUUCAUCACAAUGAAGUUGUUAUGUUUCUUGGAGUAACUGUUUUUACCCAUAGUUUUCCUUUUAAGCAUUAGCUGGUUAGAUUCAUCGUUCAUUUUGGCUUUUUGCUUUAAUAUCCCCUAAUUCCAUCUCUAAUCAAAUGGCAUCCUCCUCUUUGUGUUAUCUCAGAUUUGAUUUGAUGGGACCAGGCGCUUGAAGAAUUCCUGCAAAACUGUCUCAAUUUAUACAUUUCCUACUAUCAAUUUCAAACCUUUUUUUAUUUUAUUUAACGCUAUACUGAGUGCAGGGGUGACAUAUCUCUUAUGGACAUGUAUUCCAUCAAGGAAACCUUUGCUGCAGACAUGUCAAAGAUUGGAACCAAUUCUAACUAAAGUGCCAUCUCUUCGUCACUUGGAUCCAGUCUCCCAGAAGGAUUACUGUUGGACACCACCACAGCUACACCCACCUUUUCUUAUUCAAGAAUUGGUGUACUUUUGUUAUCAUGAAAAAAGAAUAAAAAAAAAAAAACUUAACUGUGUUUAGUAAACUCAGAGAUUAAAUAUAUAAAUCAUUAGACUAAAUUAAAACGCUGGUAUUUUUUCAAGUUAUUCUCAUGAAGAAAUUGCAUAACUCCAAAAUAUACUUCGAAUUUUUAUACUGCAUUAUGUUACAAGUUACCUGAAAAAUAGAGCCAUCACACAAAUUUGACUGACCGAGUGGUUGAGAGAUAUCCAAUCGCUUAACAAGACGUGAUUUUGCAAUCCUACAAUCAAUUUUCAAUUGACUUCCUUUUAUAUCCUAUUGGGAAUGGCUAUGAACAUACUAAAUAAUGCCUAAUAAUACCGAAGCCAUGGGACAUUUUACAACUCUAGCUGUUUCAAAUGCAGAGGUCAAAAGACACAUCAUAACAUCAUAAGGCCAAUCAUAACUGUUCUUGGGAUGCCCUCCGACAUGGACGUUUUAGAACACAAAUCAAUGCUUAUUUAUGGACUCAUAAUCUGUUACAAUCCGAAUUUCCAAUGUAAAAAAUAAAUAUAUACUGGUACUGCUGUGUGCUUAUGAAUCUUUGGACAGCCAGCCCUCAUCCACUUCUUUAACUUUGUUCAUGUUUAACCCCUUAAUGACACAUGACAUGUGUGACAUGUCAUGACUCAAUUUUAUUCCAGAAGUUUGGUCCUUAAGGGGUUAAACUCACCUUUUUCCUCUCUAUUGGCUGUACACACUGACAAACAACGAACUUAAUGUAAAAUCGUCAUUCUCCGCUGAAACCACGACCAGUCUCCCAUCAUACUACCCACCUUCAAUGUCCUUUAAACAGAAUCUCCAGUUUGUCUAAUACCAAAUUAUUUUCCAAUAUAUAAAGCAUUUCGACAUUUCUUUGGACAUGCUUUUAAAGUGCACCUGUCAUGAUACACACAAGUCAAUUCAAUUUUAAAGAGAAUUCAAUUUAAUCUGUACAUUGUGUUUGCAGAUUUUAAAUUAGAAAAAUAAAACUUAAAAUGCUGACUUUUCCCCCACCUGGCAUUGGACAUGUUUGCUGGCUUCACAUAGCGUCUAAAAACGAGACUGAGUGACAGGGAAAGCAAGAGAACCCUCCUUCAGGUGGUUCUUUUGGUACCUGUCACAGUGAAUAAAGCCAGCAAGUUGAUGUCAGCAUGGAGCAUGGCUCUGCUUGGAGAAGUAUCUCCAAACAAGGCCAAUCAUAGCCAGCAGCACUAUAACACCCAUGGGGCUCCAAGAAUGGGGUCACUGGAGAGUAAGUAAAAAGUUAACAGCUCCCAAAGCGCAUAAAUAUAUACAUUUUCAGUAUGAUUAACCAAAUGUUUAGCACCUUGAAAUUAAGCAAAGGGCAAGGUAAUUGUAUUAUUGGUAUUAUUUUAAUGUUAUAUAUUGGCGAUUAUGAAGUAGAUCUGUCAUAAACAUACUCAUUGAGCCUGUUUUCAUGUGUGUUUUUAUUUUUUUUAAUUUUUUUUUACCUCUAUGCAAAGCCAUGAAUUAUUAGGUCAUUUGUGGUUACAAUUAAUCUGUGGCUGCUUACACAAUAUGGGCCCAACUGUCUUCAAUAAAUCUCCAAACAUAUUAGAUAAUUCUUGCAGUGCUGGAAAGUGCUAUUGGUACUGGGUCCUCUGCUGAUUUUGGGCCCCUCGUUUGUUUGUGUUUUUGUACCUACCUCCCUUUUCCCAUACAUCAACUAUUCAUUUUAAAGGGGCCAUAUUCUGCAUAAAUAUAGUCUGAUCAUUUUUGCCACAGAUUAUGUCAUAAUAUUAACUAAAGUAUUAAUUGUGAAAGUUUACUAAUGUACUUUUUUAUUCUUGAAAAGUCUAUGUCUGUAACAAAUUUUCUAAUAAAGAUUUUUUUUAAAAAGCAAUCAAAUGUCCAAAUUCUUUACACUAGCAAAAAUAUAUAAUUUUUUCCCUAUAGAGUAACUGUAUCUUUUUUUUUUUAAUCUAUAGAGUGCAUGUUUUAUAAGUGCACAAUGGUAUCAGCUAAUAUGUAGGAUUGUUUUCUAGAGGAUGACAGUAAAACCUAAUUUAAUAUCGUGUGUACUAAUUCUGAAAUUCUAAAAAAAAUGGUUAAUUUAUAAAGACUUGUUUACACAUGCACCUAUAUUUAAAUAUACGCGUGGCAUCUUAAACAUUCCUCACGGGACCUUCAAUUUUGUUUUAAAAUCAUGAUUUCUGAAACGUUUCUUGUUCAUCUUACCAUGUGUUCCAAACUUCCAAACAACAAUUCAGAGGGUCAACAAAUGACCACUCAAUGCACCAUAAUAACUGCUACAGUGGUUAUACCAGGAGUGCCCUGAAUCCUUUUCAGUGUAAUUUCUUAAAUUGUUCUUAGAACGGUUUGGCAACUUACUUGGAUUGCACCGGGACCCAAGUAAGUAGAAUCAGUUUAGCUCCUUUGCACUCAUUGGAUAAGAAUGUCGGCUGAGCUCUCUCAUACAAACAGCGCAGUCCUGUGUCGAUUGUACUGAGUUGAUUAGGCUGAGCUGAGACAAGUGGCUUUCCCUGUAGGCAAUGACCAGAUUGGAGCAGAAGCCUGGGGAACCCGGUUUACUUGGCAAACCAUUGUAAAAUGGUUUGACAAAUACAUUGGGAUGAAGCCAGGGCACCCCUAGCACCAUAAUCACUACAGCAUAUUUAGUGGUUAUAGUGCUUAAAGAGUUCCUUUAACAUUUCUAUAUAAAGUAAGUACUCUGUAUGCUGUAAUCGACACAGCAUUAAAAUGUAAAGAACAAAAUGAAGAGAGAGGGAAACAGCUAUCUAACAGUACAGUAGAUGUGAUACAGCUCACAAGCUUUCAUAAUAUUAUGGUCUAGAGACUGGUUAGACUCAAGACAUUUUGCUGCUCAAAAGCUUACAGUCUAGAUCAGUCAUGGCUGAACGUAGCACACCAGAAGUCUGUUAACUACAUUUCAGAAAAGUUAUAAUAUUUGUUAUCACUGAUCCAGAGGGAGAUGGAUGAAACAAGGUAUUGCCAAAGGCCAUUGAGAUAUUUGCACAAUAGCAUUAAAUAACUUAUGGGUAAACUAGAACCAGCCCAUAUAAUUGCCCAGUACAGGCAACGUUUCAGGUGUAGAUCUAACACAUGGUAGGAGUAUUGCAUAUGGUACAAGAUAUCAGAGAUACGAUAUAGGGCGUAGAAAGGCAAACUGUCGUGUACUGUAUGCUUAUCCUGUGUGUCAUGGAAGGUGAGUGGAGCCAGAAUAUGAUGACAUGAAUUGAAUUCGACUUUAUUAAACGGCCCAUAGUCCUACGCAGAUGUAGUAUUCUAGAUAUAGCAGGUGAAGUAAGGGGGGGGUGCAGUAUCUAGGUCCAACGGGGCAAGUUAGACGUAUAUAGGCAAGAGCCAAGAUGUAGGCUGGGCUGAGCUGGGCUAAUAAGUGCUCUCCUAGAUUUAGGCAAGUAUGUGAGUUAGUGUUGUCAUGACAGAGGGUCAUAUAUUAUAGCUAGAGACUGAGACUCGCAGGUUUCGCAUGCAUCUCAAACAGUUAUGUACCCACUAUUAAUGCAAAGGGUUGAGACAUGCAGGUCUGAUUACGCAGUUAUAUUAUGGAGGGGAUUCGCAUGUCCCAAGUCGAACAUUAAGUACACAUGGCACCAGGUAAUGUCAAGCGGCUUCCAAAGCUCUAUAUUACUUAUGAGUAUAUGUUUAUGAACCCACCAUUCACCUAAUGUGCUAAAGUAACAGUAAGUCUAUAUCAGUGUAUAAUCGGUCUGUGGGCUUGCAGGGCCUACUACGUGAGUUAGAUGCAUUGUCUUUUUGUGGGACACCUAGGUCCCUUUACAGGGUUGUGAAAUUGUUCUACCUCCCCACCCCUCCUCGGGUCAAGAUCGGUAAUUCUGGUUAUCUGUGUUUUAUAUUGCUUAUAGAUGUGCUAUGCAUAUCUCCUGUUGGCCGACAAGCGGCAUGACUAGGGAACGUUGGGGUGCAAAUGCAGUCCCGCAGUACCUCGGUGUUUGGCUGCGUGGAGUGAUAUCCCAACUGUAUUCCCUUUGAGGUGGGUAAUAGUUUGCAGUGGGUGUUCUUCCCCCACUCCCUCUUCCCUUCUUGGUCCCUCCUCACCCAUUUUGUGACCUAAGUUGGAGACCGCUCACUUGCAUCCCGGUGGAAUUGGUCCCAGUGUUGCGCGUUCUCCCCCCCCCUUGUUUGUCCAUCCAACCCGAAGAGACAGUGGCGGGUGGCCAAAGGUGGGUCCCAUGGUCAUGUUAUGAGGGUCCCCCCCGCAGUCCAAAGUCAAGGUGUGUGCUUUCACUGUCUAGUCUAUCCGUCUUUUUGAGAAUGUGUGACUUAUCAUAGUUUGUGGUGAUAGUCCUGUGUCUCUAUGCUCCCUGCACCUCACGUCUCACUGUGGCAAUAUAGUGGGUCAAUCAGUAUAACAGGGUCGGGUAUCCCCAUAAUGUCUGUAGCAUGGGAGAAACUGAAGUUCAGUGUGAAAGCGGAGUGAAAGAAAGUCAGUCAGGUAGUAAGAAGGUCGAGGGCAGUAGUCCUAGUGCGGAGGGCACCCUCUCCCCCCUAACUCCCGGUCCCUGCCAGAUCCCACUCCUCUUUUAGCAAUGUAUUCUAUUCAUGGUCUCCACAGAUCAACAUCCCACUACUGAUGGCCUUAUGGCCUUAGCUUAGUAAAUCUCUUCUAUUUGUUCGUACCAAUGUUCAAGUGUCUGAGUCUGGGGUUGUUUCCAGAGAUCGGGCACUAGGGCUUUUGCUGCAUCUAGCAUGUGCCUCAAGAUAGAUUUUCUUGUAUUGUGCGAUUGGAAUCGGCGUAGAGUGCAACAAAAAUUGUUCCAUGGUUAAGGUGGAUGUGUUACCUAGGAUAUCUGCCAUUUUAGCAUUUAACAAGUCCCAGAAUGGCGUUAUGCCAGGGCAGUCCCACCAUAUAUGUCUGAUAGUCCCUUCUCCCCUGUUGCAUCUCCAGCAAGUAGCCGGGACGGUCGGGAAGAUCCUGUGUAUGAGAGUCGGGGUUUUAUACCACUACAACAGAAGUUUGUAGUUGACUUCUUGGUAUCGGGUGCUUACCGAUGAAUUAUGAUAUAGGAUGAGUAUCUUUUCCCAUUGGGUGUGAGUGAUCAUCAUUCCCGUGAUAUGUUCCCACUACUGUUUGAAAGUGUGUCUUUCGGAGAGGCCUCCCACUAAGACAUAUUGGUAUAGGAACGAGAUCGCCUUGGUGAGAGUGGUGUUGUUCAGGCAUAAGGGUUAGAACAAUUUAAAUCCAUUUACAAGCACUGAGAAUCUUUGCAUUAAUUGACAUUACGUUCUUAGAUGGGAAGGGGUUGAGGAAUCUCUCCCAAUGAAACCACUUGAUAACCUAAGAGGUUUCUUCAUCCCACAAGGAGGUUUCAAAACUAAAUUACUAAUAAUGUACGUAGCAUUAACUAGGUGACACAUUCACAAUACCUUUUUUAAUAUUAGUUCAAACCUCAUGUUUGUAGGUCAUUUCACUGGCACGUUGAUGGAUACUUUCAUCCUUCUGAGUUUGCUAAAAUAAGAAACAUUGAGUGUAAUAUCUAUGCACUUCUGAGUUUGGUUAAAACAAAUGUAUCUAGUGGCGAUACUAGAAUGGGGCGUUAGCUUAGAAUUUGAGAUUUUGGUAACAAGUUAAUAAGAAUUUUUUGAUAUUUAGAUAACAUUUCAGAAUCCAUUUAGGUAAGGUGGCACCUUUGUUCUUUAUUUAUUAGUUCAUGGGAUUGUUUUAUGAACUAUUUUUAUUUAAGGAACUAUUUUUAUUUAAAUCCAGCUAUUCAUGUUUUAUAGAUACUAUCAAUCAGAGAGGGUGUUACAAGCUGUCGAUAUGUAACUGAGAUAUUAUGUUGUAAUACGAAGCACCAGCUAUACCAGGGAUGUUGCUAAGUUCAAAUAUUAGCAUUUGACAUAUAAGUUAAAACAUUGCCUGGAGCUUGAGCACAAACUAAAAUUUGGUAUCAUUCUUCACACUUGAACCUUUUACCCUACAGGCUCCACCUCUCGAUACCCAAGACUCUGACCCAGUUUGUCCCACCUAGACUCAAAACCUUGCUACGAGUCAUCAUGUCCUGUCUCCCCAUUCUAGUGCCCCAAUCCCCACCACAAUUAUAAGCAUACUUUUCUGUUUUGGUUUGAUGGUGUUAUCUCCUUCUCUUCCAGCUGCCAUCUAUUUUAUAAAAAACUGGUAGGAUGGGUUUUCUACUCUUCAGCAAUGAUAGAGAAAGGAAUUGUUUAUUGGGGCAAAGGACACCAAUAACCCUAAAGCUUCCUCACAGUGCUCCUGAUGUGGAGAAUAGUUUAGAAUGGAAUUCAGUAUGAUUUAAAAGGAACAAUCUAGGCAUCAUAAACGCUGUAGCCUUCUGUACUGGUUAUGGUGACAGGAGUUUUCUGGCACUGUCCAUCUGUAUGUAAUCAAACAUUUUUGAAAUGUUGAUACAUACUGCCCUGUGGCGCCUUCUUUUCUUUUCUGAGAUAUCUAGAGUUACUGUUACUCGUCCCCAAUAGCUAUAUCAAUGUUUUCCCUAUUUGGGGAUCUCUCAGACAAUGAAGUCCAUCUAAGCAAAACAAACCUGAGGUCAAGGUUACUGCAGUACCUGGAAAAGCUUAACUAAAGAAAAUAGCCGUGGACUGUGCUGUAAGAUUCUCACACUGUAGCUCCAACAGUGUACAUCAAUGUAUACAGGAAUAAAGAAAAUAAUAAGAUCUGCACCAACAGAUAAUUUGUGCACACCACAGUGCUACCAACAUGUAUUUAAAGGACCACUCUAGGCACCCAGACCACUUCAGCUUAAUGAAGUGGUCUGGGUGCCAGGUCCGGCUAAGGUUAACCCUUUUUUUAAUAAACAUAGCCGUUUCAGAGAAACGGCUAUGUUUAUAAUAGGGUUAAUCCAGCCUCCAAAGCCUCUAGUGGCUGUCUCAUUGACAGCCACUAGAGGCGCUUGCGUGCUUCUCACUGUGAAAAUCACAGUGAGAAGACGCAAGCGUCCAUAGGAAAGCAUUGUAAAUGCUUUCCUAUGAGACUGGGUGAAUGCGGGUGCAGCUCCUGUCGUGCGUGCGCAUUCAGUCGAAGGGGAGGAGAGGAGGAGGAGAGCUCCCCGCCCGGCGCUGGAAAAAAAGGUAAGUUUAACCCCUUUCCUCUCCCCAAAGCUGGGCGGGAGGGGGACCCUGAGGGUGGGGGCACCCUCAGGGCACUAUAGUGCCAGGAAAACGAGUAUGUUUUCCUGGCACUAUAGUGGUCCUUUAAAGACAAAAAGAGUAGGCAAACGUUUCGGGCCUGUGCCCUUUAUCAAUGCAAAUGGCCUUAAAUACAAGAUAAUCCUCAUCUCUAGAUAUAGACAAGACAAUCAAGUAAAUUAAAGUCCCUGGUGCUGCCCUCUAGAAGAUAAGUGAAGGUGUGUGCCCCUUUUCAGCAUUUCUCUGCCAUCUUCUGGUACUCCCGACAUCCGUAACAGUCACGUGAUAUGUUGCUGGGAAACGAGUAAACAAAUGCUAAUUUUAGUGCACAAAUGGUUUUACAGGCUUCACUGGACUAAUACGGCUACAAUCUCUACAUCUGGGUGGCUAGAACUUAUUUUAAAUAUCUGCAUCUCCAUCUGUGUUCUGCAUCCCAGCAGCCAGUACAAGUGCUUAGUGACAAGUAUUAUCUGUGAUAAAAUCCAUUCAUAUUAAUUGCUUAAAGGACCACUAUAGUGCCAGGAAAACACUUGUUUUCCUGGCACUAUUGUGAUGGGCAAUUGUGGGUAUAAUACACAUUGCUACAUUGUAUUUCUUUAAACUGCAACUGUUUCUUUAACUAAUAACCUUUUACCUAUUUACAGUACACAACAUGUUUACUCCAUCUUGUCUUAAUUUAAUGCAAUAACAAUUCAAGGCUUUGCCUAUGUCAUCCUAACGUCUAGUCCAAAUAAAGAUUAAAGAUGUCUAGGUUAUGACAUUAGACUUAUUUUUUAUAUAUGACCUUCUCUUAACCCUAAGGUGUAUGUCAACCUAACUUCUAGUCCAAAUACAGAUUAAAGAUGUCUAGGUUAUGACAUUAGACUGAUAAGGGUGUUUUUCUUUUAUUUUUAUAUAUGAACUGCUUUUAACCCUAAGAUGAAUUAACCCAUACAUUACCAGUAGUAAUUAGAAAUGCUAUACUAUAUAUACAUGCAUGAUCAAUGCUAGAUAGAGACAUACUGACCGACUCUGGAGGUGACAUACUGAGAGAUUACCUGUAUGAUCAGGAGGGUAUGUUAUACUUAUUAUAUUGCAAGCAUUUAUUCAUUUAAUCUUGUAUACUCUGCUUUAUGAUAUAUUAAUGGAUCUUUAUUCAUUUAUUCAAUAAACUAUAUUAAUAAGACAAAAGUUAUUGCUUCCAACUCCUAUUUUUAUUGUAUUCUCAAUUAUUUAUGUAUUUUAAAUAGAGAAACUCUAUACCGACUAUACAAUAUUUUAGCUAAGAUAUCUGUAUGGUUAGCCCUGCUAAAUUCUAAGUUAUAAGACGUUAUAGCGGUAAAUUGGAGUACGAACAGUUACACUAUAGUGCCCUGAGGGUGCCCCCACCCUCUUUCUCCAACUUACCUCUUUCUCCAGCGCCGGGCAGGGAACUCUCCUCCUCCUCGCUGAAUGCGCAUGCGCGGAAAGAGCCGCGCGCACAUUCAGCCAGUCCAUAGGAAAGCAUUCACAACGCUUUUCUAUGGACACUGGCAUCGUCUCACUGUGAAAAUCACAGUGAGAAGCGCGGAAGCGCCUCUAGCGGCUGUCAAUGAGACAGCCACUAGAGGCUGGAUUAACCCUAUUAUAAACAUAGCAGUUUUUCUGAAACUGCUAUGUUUAUAGAAAAAGGGGUUAAUCCUAGCUGGACCUGGCACUCAGACCACUUCAUUAAGCUGAAGUGGUCUGGGUGCCUAUAGUGGUCCUUUAACUAACUUUAAUGUAAAUAAAAAUCUAAAAUGUAGCUUUUUUUAAUGUCCAUGUAAAAUAGUCUUACAGGGCUAUUUACUAAAGUGAGAAUUCAAAAUGGAUUUAAAAUUCAAGACCAAACUAGCUAAACUUGUAAAAAAAGUCUGUUAGCAAUGUUUUUAGUUUGGCUAUUCUGGCUUUAAAUUUGAGAUUGUUAUACUCCUUUUCCCUUAAAUUUUAAUCUCUGCACCUUCUGGGAAUAUUAUUACGUGGUUGUGAGUACAGUACUAUUAAACAUGUUUAGUUUUGGUUGAUUCUGGUGAUAUAUUAACUUGUCCCAUUAUUUUCAUAUUUGUUUGCAAACACUUUUACUUUAUUUGCUAAAUUUCUUGAAAUGUUCUAUAAUUGUAUAAUUUGUAUAUAGAUAAAGAGAUGCUACAGUGGUCUGUUUUAAUUUCUCUGAAACUGCUAUGUUUACAGCAGGCAGGGUUAAUCCUAGAUGGACCUGGCACCCAGACCACUUCAUUGAGCUGAAGUGGUCUGGGUGCCUACAGUGGUCCUUUAAUAUGACGUAACCACUUUUAUUGAUCAUUAAUACUAUUUGGUUUAUAUUUAAAUACAUAGGUGAAAUCUUAGACUAAAGCACGUAACAUUUUUCUGAAACCAGACUUAUUUUUCGGUGAUUACCUAUACAGAGAUUUGUCUUUUCACAGCUCACGUAACUUCUUCUGUGGCAGUGACCAAUGUCACACCUCAGCCAAUUGUGAUGCCAAUGGCUUACGCAGCAGGAUACCAGCCAGUUCCAAGCCAUCCUAUGCAUGCCAGACCAGCAGACAAGGCCUGCAUGCCCCCACCAUAUCCAGGUGAGGCCUCGUACCAGUUCAAGACACCCUGCUAGAUAUCAUGUAUUAGGUGAGUGUUCACCAGAACAGGUGUGCAUUUUCACUGUUAUAUGUCAGAGUGCAUACUGAAAUUCUUACAUUUAAUUUCAUAUAGUUUAUUACAUUUAAACAAUGAAAUUAGAUUUUAAAUAAAUGUAAGUUUUGCCAAUAUGAAAUAUAUUUGUUCACACUUAAAAGAACACUCCAAACAUCUAAAGCCCUUUAGUUUGCUGAAGUGUUUUAUGUGUGAAGAGUGUGUACUUUUUUUUUGUUUUUAAACAUAAAAUGCUGAUUUCAAUGGAAAUGUUUACACUUUUAUAGAGUAACUUUGUUACACCCCCUUGACUUUCAAACAGAGAAUAGGUCCUGUUACUUCCUGGUUUGGUUAGCUCAGUGGCGCUAAACUCAAGAGGCAGCAAAUGCCCAGAGCACCUGCCUUGCAAAGACUUCAUUGAGCUGCACUGGGAAGUCUGUGAUUGGACAGCCACAGAAAGUCUGGGUGAGAAGGAAACGGCUUGCAAUGGCUGUAGACAAACGAUUUGUAGCUUUUGCAAACUGUUUUGAUCAAUACUGCCAAUGAAAAAAAUGCAUAAUUGACUAUAUAAAUCAAAUAAUAUCGGGGGAUAAAAUUAAAUCAUUUGAAAAUUUGAUACAAGAAUUUUCAUUACCUAGGAAUGAGUGGUAUAAUUAUUUAAGAAUCAGAGGCUUUAUUAAACAAUUUUUGUUACACCGACCUAUAGCGGGUAUAGAAAAUUUGAUAGUUCUAUUAAGAAAUGAGAAUGUACCGCAAAUAGUUUCAAAGGCAAGGACUGCUCUUCUUCAACUUGUAGCACCAAAUUUAAAUAUAAACAUUCAAAAAUGGAGUAAAGAGUUAAAUGUACAGAUUCUUAAGUCUGAAUGGGAUCAAGUUUUAUACCAAACAAGUAAAAUAAUUCAUUGUCUGAACCUUCUUGAGGUAUUAUUUAAAUUAAUGAACUGCUGGUAUUUAGUUCCCACCAGAUUGUCCAAAAUGUAUACUCCUAAUUCCUCAAUGUGUUGGAGAUGCAAUGAUAAAGAGGGGACUUUUGGACAUAUAUGGUGGGAUUGUAGUAAGGUGAAAAUUCUGUGGUUUAUGGCUUUUGAAUCAUUGGAGUAUAUUACAGAAAUAAAAAUCCCUAGAGGUCAUCAUAAUGGUCUAUUUCACUUAAACUUGCAAUCACUCCUUUUUAAGAAUAAAUUUAUAUAUGUCCAUUUCGUAGCAGCGACAAAAAUAAUAAUUGCAAGGAACUGGAAGAGUAGUGCAAAUUUUACACAAGCCCAAUUAUAUUCACAAGUUCAAUACCAAUUAACCAUGGAGGCCUUGGGACAUCAGUCAAUAAAAAUCAGAGAUGUUAGUAAUUUCUGGAAAGAAAAAAUGGAGAGUUUGGUCAAAUAAAACCCUGGACAAAAUAAAUAGAAUAGUUUUUUUACAUCUUUUCCUUUUUAUUAUUUUAAGGCAGUGAAAUAGAGGUGCCACUGAUAUACCCCAAGUAGAGUCUGUAAUGCAUAUUUGUUUUUGUAUGUUUGUUAUGCACAUCAUGCUAAUGAAGUUUGCAAAGCUAAUUAUUCAAUAUAAGUAAUAAUAAAUAGUGAAAUAGGAUGACUAUAAUGGGUGAUGAAACUCUAAUUUUAGAGGGAAGGCUGGAUAAAAAUUAUGUCAUGUACUGUUUCUGUUAUAUGGUACUUGGAUUAGUUUAAGGAAAUAAUAUUAUUGAGUAAAGAAAUGGGGAAUAAGCAAUAAUAUUGUAUAAUAUUUAAUGCGUAUGUAUAUAUGUAAUACCAUAUGUCUUAUCUAACAAGUGCUAAAUGCUUAUAUUUUUAUGACUUUUAUAUUAGUAUGAUGAUGGUAAUGUCUUGUACGUCUAAGUAAGAAAAACGAAAUAAAUAAAUUAUAAAAAAAAAGAAAAAAGAAAAAAAUGCAUAAUUAAAUGAAUGCAUGUUUUCAUUGGGAUAUAUCUACUAAACCGUGUUUUAAUUGUAUUUGAAAUGUAUGUGUAUUUAACAUUAAUACAGGAAGUUUAUAGGAGGGUACCAAAGCAGAAUCAUAUAGCGUGAGCAACACAUGGUAAAAUGGGCAGCUGAGACUGGAAACCCCCAGGUGAAAGUUCCAGUUCUGUAAUGAGAUUUAAUUUAGAUCUCAUUCGAUUUUUAUCAUCCUAUUGUAUAUAGAUCAAAAUAAAGCAGAAUGUUGAUAUAUCACUGCACUAUAUGUCUAACAGCCAUCGUUUAUCUCAGAUUUUGUCUCUUGCAGGUGCAGACAACAUGGGUUAUGUUGAGAAUCCCUGAAAUGGAAACUCCCACUGGAACUCAUUACAACAAUCUGAUAUCACUGUACUGUUCAAUAUAGGGAGAGGGAUAUUCUUAUUUUUUUUCCAGACUUAACUCAAAAUGUUGUACUGUUUCUUUGGUGUAUAGUUACUUGGCAUGGCUAAAUCUUAUACUGCAAUAUGGGUUGCAGUACUCUGGCCCUGUUCAUUAGAGCAGUGGUCCCCAACCCAGGCCUCAUGGACCAGUAAGAUUUAUGUAUUUCCCUUUUUUAUUCAAAUGGAGAUACUGACGAAACCUAAACUCAAGGAUGGAAAUGAUCUCCAUUCUAAAAUCUGGGAAUAUUUACCUAAAAUACCGUAUUCCCAUGUUUCACGGAUAUUCUGUAAUCAGUAAGUGGAAAGGAUGUCCCAGCCAAUACCUGAUGUCCCGUUGCCUACUAUGGUAAACGCACUGCAUAUGUAUGAUAUUAAACGUGCUUGUGCUGUGCUUUCGUAAACGAAAUCAGAGCUGUACAGUAAGCAUUAGUGGGAGUCAGUUGUUACAAUAUUGCGCAAUCCACUCCCAGUGUUUGUGCAGUAUUUAAGCUAAAGCCGGGCUGUACAUUUUGUACAGCUUGUAUAGCAAAGAGAUAGUGUUCUAACUUUGACUCAAUCUGUAUAUAUAAUGUGUGUGCAUAUAUAUACAUUGAUCAUAAUGGUAAAUGUUGUGCUCCUUUAAACCUCAUCUACCAUAUCCAGACUGUGAAAAUGUGCAGACCUGGUGGAUCCCGAGAACUCAUUUUGUUAAGAUAAAUCUUUUGAGGGCCGGAGAUAAACUUUGCUGUACAGUGCAUUUAAUACACUUGCAGCACUGCCAAUGCAUCAUUUCAAGUUUGAGUGCUCCAUUUCUUGCAGUUGUUUGAAUUCAAGGCCUUUUAAAGAAAUGUGACGUGUUUAUCACACAAGCUGUAGUCCUGAAUGCCUUAGAAGCAACACUGAAAGAGAAGUGCUUAAAAUGUGGGUCUACACCAUCUAAAGGUUCCAAAGAGGUUGUUAGACUGUUGUUAGACUGUUUUCACUUUUUUACAUGUAUGCUGUAUAACUUUAGUGUGCUAGUUAAUGAGACUGAAACUGCUUUUUGAUUAUACCACGGGUGUACUUUUUUAAUUAAAAUGAACAGCAUUGUUUCUGAGUGGUUUAUAUUAUUAAAAGGAAACUAUAGUCACCAGAACCACUACGG